AUGGCAGCCCUCUCUUCUACACUGCUACCACCGGGGCUGGUCCUCUGCCUGGGGCUGCUGUUCUCCACCUGCAUGGCGGACUACAGUGACAACUGCUCCGUCUUCAAAGAGAUCCUCUCCUCGCCUGGCCCAACUUUCCAGGUCGAUCACAAUAUCUAUGAGAGCAACGAAACCUACAAAGUAACUCUUCCUGUGAAUAAAAAUACCAGCUUUGUAGUCCUAAAAGCACUGGACAAGAAUAACCACCCAGUGGGCAGCUGGCAAAAUGCAGACAAGCUUUGCAGAGACAGUGCUCUGUAUGAAGUAAACACCACAAACGAGGUAUCCUUCUGGGCCUACUGGAUUUCGCCUAUGUACCGGAACGUAACUACCGUCAAGCUACAAGUCUUCGUCGUCAACUUAAACAGGGCAGCUACCGUUUCUUCCCUGGAACUAAAAGAAGAAACCAAUUCAACAGUCUCGCCCUCCACGACCUCUACAACCAGGCCACCCAACACCCAGGCAUCAAGCAGGUCACCCAACACCCCGGCCCCCACAUCCGCCACAGUCCGAGUCCUAUCCACAACCCUGUCCACCACCACCACCAGCUCGGCCAGCAGAGCCUUCCUCGGACCCAUCACUGAUGCCAUGCAGAUCCUCCUCCUCUUCCUGACCAGCAAACUCCUCUUCUAG